UUCUUAAAGAUGGGCACUAUGUUUGCCCUUUUCCAGUCAUCCAGGACCUCUCCCGAUUGCCGCAAGUUUUCAAAGAUGAUGGCCAGUGACUCUACAAUCACAUCAGCUAACUCUCUCAGCACCCUUGGGUGCAUCCCAUCCAGCCUCAUGGACUUGAAUAUGUCCAGUUUUUUAAAUUGUCCCUAAUCUGUUCUUUCACCACUGAGGGAUGCUCCCCUCUUCCUGCAACUGCGCUGCCUGGUGCAAUGGUCUGGAAGCUGCCCUUGCCUGUGAAACCUAAGGUGAAAAAGGCAUUGCGCACUUCAGCCUUUUCUCCCUCCCAUUACUAGGUUGCCUCCCCCCACCCCCUCCAUUCAACAAAGGACCCAUUUAGGAAAGCUCAAUGAAAGUCACCUCUAGUUUCAACUUGGAAGUUUUAAUUCUUUAAAAAAUACAUGACCUGGGUGACAUGGCACCCCUGGAUGCUAUUCUGACUGUCAAAUGUCUCUGGAAGUAGCUUUCUCAGCAAAAACGUCCCCGUUGCAAUGGGAUGAUGUGAUAGGAGUGUAGUGACCUCCUGAGGAGGAGGGCAGUUCCUGACAAACUGAACCGGUUCAGAGCCAACAGUGGGUCUGUCCCUGCGCUGGCUUGGCCUGGAGCCAUCCAGGGAGGACCAGAGGUUGCUGGGGUAAGGGGCUGAGGGGUGCAGAUGUGGGGCACAGCGGCACAGGAGUAAUAUGUUGUGAAGUGUGUAUAAUGUGGCUGUGAAUGUGUGCCCGCCUACAUGUCCCAUGACGAAGCAGGAAGAGAUUCCAUGCAUGCCUAUCAAGCCAAGCCGCUGGUGGGAAGCGGAAAUAAAAGGAAGCUGGAGAAAGCAGCCGACUGGGAUAAGAGCCGGGGAGACGUGCAACCAGACUCAGGCUGCAAAGGCAGCUCUGGACCUGCAGACCUGUACGGGGCACCUGUGGGACGACAGCUGGUUUGGCGAUGGCCACGCAGUACUUCCCCUACAAGGGCGUCCUCUUCCCCUGCUUUGAUUAUUCCCCCGAGACCCUCAGCUAUGUGGAGAGCCAAUUCCAGGUGCGGGAUGAUGACAUCUUCAACGUCACCUACCCCAAGUCAGGUCAUCUACACCCUGCGCAGCCCCAAGGAUGUGCUGACCUCGCUCUACCACUUCUCCAAGGCCCUGCGCCUCUACAAGGACCCCGGGCCCGUGGACACCUUCCUGCAGGACUUCCUCAGCGGCAGCUUGCCCUACGGCUCCUGGUUCGACCACGUGGCUGGCUGGCUGGGUCUUCAGGGCCACAAGAACUUCCUCUGCAUCACCUACGAGGAGCUGCAGCAGGACCCAUGGGACAGCGUGCGAAGGAUCUGCCACUUCCUGGGGAAGGAGCUAAGUGAACAGCACAUCUCUUCAGUGGUGGAGAAUGCCUCUUUCCAGACCAUGAGGGGGAACAAGAUGUCCAAUGUCUCACAGCUGCCAGACGAGUACAUGGACCACUCAAAGGGGCAGCUCCUGCGGAAAGGGGUCUGCGGGGACUGGAAGAACCUGCUGUCAGAGGAGCAGAGCCGUUGUGUCGAUGCUGAGUACCGGGAGUGGAUGCAGGCGCUGGACAUCACCUUCCCCUGGGACUGAUGUCCCCAUGGGACGCAGCCUGUGCCCAUCCCCAUCCCCCAGAGGAAUCACCAGCUACUGGAGUCUCAGUGAGCAUGCAGGGGCUGGAAGCUCCCCCAGGGAGGUGCCAGGUCUGGGUUUGCCUCCCGUCUGUCUGGGUCCUUCCCCGGCCAUAAGAGUAUCCACCAAGAACCAGCAGAGUUGGCCACUGGUGAAUGCUGGUGGACCCAGCACAUGGCUCCAGCUGCUCCAAGCCUAUCGCACAUAUGGCACAGUGGGUUUGCCCAGCCCAGCCAUGGGCCAUGGCCCUGACACAGGCAUCACCAGCACCAGUGUCUUGUGCCGGGGUCCCCACAGCUUCUCCUGCCCUAAGCAUGAAGGGAAGCCCUCGGGCUCCACCCUCGGACUAAGGGACUUGCUUUGUGCGAUGGGGCCUUGGAAUAAAGAGUGUGCCUGACUUUUA